UUCAAACUCAGGCUACUUGCUGGAGGACUCCUAACAAUCCUUUCACUUCUAAGCUACUUAACUCUGACCUUAGUACGAUGGAUGAGCUGGAUGAGACUCAGCUGAAGAACCAUGUGGAUAGUCUGAAGCAGCAGCUACAGUUUAACAGAGAGAAAACAUCGGUCUCGCUUCCAGAAUUAACUAAAUGGAUUGAGGAGAAAAUGAAUGAGGAUCCAUUUCUGAAUCCAGAUAUACUGAAGGACAACCCAUGGGUGGAGUCAAGCAAAUGUGUUAUAAUAUAGCGCAAGAG